AUGCUAGGAACCAAAAAACUGGUUCUAAAAGCGAUAAUACAUAACGGUAGACAACCGUUGCACAAUGGUACAACAUUGAAUAAUGGUUUAAGGUUAUUUAAUGACGUGCACCAGGCGCCAUUAUUAUUAAGGAGACUUCUAUCAAGUACUAGACAAAACUUUAACAAACCAAAUAGUGAAACUAAUGGAAGUGGCAAUAAAAAUCAACCUAAAAAGAGAAAGAUUUCCAAAAUUAAAAUUCUAUUUAUAUCUGGGUUUGCACUCGGAAUCACAGCUACUAUAAUUGAAAAUAGGAGACAUAAAGAUAAUGAAACUGUUAUUAAGUCCAAAGAUAUUAACAUAACUAGUAAUAGCUGGUUUCUUUUUAUUUAUUCUACGUUACCACUAAAUGCAAUCUCAAGAAUAUGGGGGCACUUUAAUAAUCUAACUCUUCCCGAGUGGAGCAGAACAUAUGGUUUCAAACUCUACAGCUAUUUAUUUGGUGUCAAUCUCGAAGAAAUGGCAGACCCAAAUCUAUCUCAUUAUUCUAAUUUAGCUGAAUUUUUUUAUCGUGAUAUUAAAAAAGAAUCAAGACCAAUUGCAUUAAACCCAAAUGCUGUUGCUUCUCCAAGCGAUGGAAAAAUCCUUAAACUAGGUAUUAUUAAUAAAGAAACUGGUGAUGUUGAUCAAAUCAAGGGUAUGUCUUACUCUGUUAAAGAACUACUCGGUACUCAUUCAAGUUCCAAUACAAGAGUGGUCAAGUACACUUCCGACAAAAUAUACGAGAAUGAUACUCAAGAUAUUCCUUUAGUGGAUACAUCAGAUAUGAAAUAUCAGAUUAAAGGCAAUCUUGCAGUUGAAAAAAAGAAAUCUUCUAUAACGGAAUCAAUUAACUUUUUACAUGAGCUGUCAUCUAAUUAUAUCACUAGAGGAACACAUAAAAGCAAUGUAGAUGAUUCCCAAAUAUACUAUGCCGUCAUAUAUUUGGCACCUGGUGAUUAUCAUCAUUUCCAUUCACCUGUUAAUUGGGUUUGUCAGUUACGUAGGCAUUUUCCUGGUGCUUUAUUUUCAGUUUCACCAUUCUUUCAACGUAAUUUCCACAAUUUAUUUGUUUUGAAUGAACGUGUAGCUUUAUUGGGAUACUGGAAAUAUGGAUUUUUUAGUAUGACCCCGGUUGGUGCCACUAAUGUAGGAUCAAUUACAAUCAAUUUUGAUAAGGAACUUGUUACAAAUUCUAAAAUUAAUAAGAAAAGUAAAGAACCUAUUUGUUAUGAAUCUAACUACUCUAAUGCAAGCAAAAUACUUGCAGGAAUUCCUCUUGUGAAAGGAGAGGAUAUGGGGGGCUUCAAACUAGGCAGCACAGUCGUUAUAUGUUUUGAAGCCCCAAGAACAUUUUCAUAUAAUGUACAAGAAGGUGACACAGUAAAAAUGGGACAGAGUUUAGGCUCAAUCAAUUAA